GUGCCCGGAAAGGAGAUGUUGGCGAGGCUGGGCCCGGGGAACCCACUGGGCAACGCCACCUCAACCUCGCACCCGAAGGUCACCGGCCGGGGCGCGCAGGCUGCAGGCCCGACCGGGCCGCGCUCCCCACCCUGCGGGCGGGCGAGGGGCAGAGGCGGGGAGCGAGCGUCCACAGGCGGCGGAGCGGCCACAAUCACAGCUCCGGGCACCGGCGCGAGCGGAUCGAGCGGAGCGGCUGGCGCCCGGGCCGGCCCCGUCCUCGCCGCGCUCGCGCACCGGGAAGUUUUGCGGCGGCGCCCUGCUAGGGGCGCGGAGGCGCGGAGCGGGGCGCGCGGGAGGAGCGGAAAACACGCCCUGGAGCGUUUAUUGCAAGAGGAAAAGGGGAAAAUUAAAAUAAAAUAAAAGGCAAGGGGGCCCGCGCGCGGAGAUGGC